AUGACUGCCAAGCAGCGCAAAGCAGGCAGAGGACGGACUGAGAACAAUGCUGGGGCUCUCGUUGCUCCGGGCCGGACGGAAGAGGGGGCGACCGGGAGUCCCAGACACGGGGAAGCCUGGGCUUGGAGGUGCCGAGCCGUGCUGGGGCUGCUGCUGCUCUGGGUGGCCGCCGCCGGGGUGGCCGUGCUGGGCUGGCUGCUCGUGCACCAGCUGAAGACGCUGGAGCAGCUGGGAGAGACCGUGGAGAAGCUGCGGGGCCGCCUGGAGGAGCUGGAGUUGCUGAAGGAGCAAGUGCAGACGACGAGAGAGCAGCUGCCUGUCACGGCGGAGCUGGAGCGGCGACUCUCUGACCUGGAGCUGACCCAGAUGCUGUCUAGGCAGAAACUGGAGCGAGCCUCUGCCGCUGCUGAGCGCAUCGUGGCCUCUGACCCUAUCGGCAAACUUGCUGCCUUCCAGGCGGAAGUGAAGCUGGCCAUCAGCGAGCUGAGAGGAGAGCUCCCCUCCGGGACCGAGCUGGCUGAGCUGCAGAGCCAGCUGGAGCAGCUGAGAACCACUGAGUUUGAGAUGCUGAGGCAAGAGGUGGCCGGGCUCUUGUCGUCGGGUUCCAGGCUGGAGCGGAGCGUGGCCUCAUUGACCGGCUCCCUCGCCAGUACCCAGAGGAGCCUGGAAGAGAAGGCUUAUAGCCUGCAAGCCAUGCAGCAGGAAGCGGAGCACACAAAGGUGGCUGGUGAGAGAUUGGAGAACGACAUUGGCUCCCUGUCAGCCCGGACCUUCGUCCUGGAGGGAAGCCUCAACCGCGCCACACUGCUGGCACGCGCCCUGCAGCUGCAACUGGAGCAGAACAGCAAGGCUUUGGCUGCGCUGCAGGAAGUGGCAGCAAAUCAGACCGGGAGCGACAGCUCUGAACCUCAGCAGCUGGAGAACCUUCGGGUGCAGAUCCAGCAGCUGAAGAUGGAGAGAUCGGCCACACAGGAGCAGGUGAAUGAGGCGCUGCACAGCAUUGCUGACCAGAGGAGAGAGUUGAAGGGCAGGAUCUCAGAGCUGGAAACAGUUAUUCAUGCUCUUCAGGGCCAUGUGACUCAGAGCCUCCCUCACACUGCGGAGCAGCAGGCGGUAGGCACUGGGAAGGAAGGGAAGGAGCUGUUUGGCGGGGGUGGCAGGAGGCGCUGA